AUGGUAGUCUUUCCUGAGAUGCUUGUCCCCCUUUUUGUUGGCCGUCCUAAAUCAAUUUCUGCUAUUGAGCUAGCUCUUGAAGAUGACAAGCGUAUCUUUUUAUGUACUCAGAAGGAUCCACAGAUUGUUGAUCCUACCUCAGAAGAUAUUUAUACGAUAGGUACCUUAGCGUAUAUCCAUCAAGUCUCACGGCUUCCUGAAGGAAUGCUCAAAUUAUUAAUUGAGGGUGAGACGCGCAUGCGUCUUGAAGAAUUUUCCUUGACAGGGAAAUUGUUUACCGUUACUGCAUCAGUAUAUAAGAGCCCAUCUAGAGAAACACCAGAGACAACUCGAUUACGGACACAUAUUAUAGAUCUCUUUCAUCGGUAUGCUGGACAGGAUCGUAACAUUUCCAAAGAAACAACAGCUGCUAUUUCUGAUGCGUCGAGUGCUAGUAGUGUCGCGGAUCUUAUUGCUGCAGCAUUAGAGUUAAAUUUAGAAGAACGACAAUUUUUAUUAGAAAUUGCCGAUGUUGAUCUACGCCUUAAGGAAUUAACGCGGGUAUUACAAGAUUGUUUAGAUGCUGCUGCUGUUGAACAGAAAGUUCAAGAGCGUAUCAAGGAACAAAUGGAACGUAAUCAACGUGAAUAUUACUUAAACGAACAAAUGAAAGCUAUUCGUGGUGAGUUAGCUGAUGGUGAUCAAGGCAAAUCAGAAUUUGAAGAACUGGAAGAAAGAAUAGUACAAAAAAAACUGCCAGAACAUGUUGAAGAACGUGCAAAGCAGGAACUCAAGAAACUAAAAUUAAUGACGUCAACAUCUGCUGAAGCAGCUGUUAUUCGAAACUAUCUUGAUUGGAUCCUCGCAAUACCUUGGACAGAAGAACGUGUAUUAGAUAUUAAUUUAGAACAAGUCCGAUGUGUACUUGAUCAAGAUCACUAUGGUCUUGAUCAAGUAAAGGACCGGAUUAUUGAAUUUUUGGCUGUCCGUUCUCUUACCGCAUCAUUGAAAGGCCCUAAACUAUGUCUUGUUGGGCCCCCUGGUGUUGGUAAAACGAGUUUAGCACGUAGUAUUGCCCAUGCCUUAGGGCUUGAAUUUGUUCGACAGUCAUUAGGAGGUGUCAGGGACGAAGCCGAAAUUCGUGGACACCGACGUACAUAUAUUGGUGCAAUGCCAGGCCGUAUUGUUCAGGGAUUAAAAAAAGUUAAAACUUGUAAUCCUGUAUUUCUAUUAGAUGAAAUAGAUAAACUUGCUCAAGAUUUUCGUGGAGAUCCAGGCUCUGCAUUACUGGAAGUUUUAGACCCUGAACAAAACGAUACAUUUAUUGAUCAUUAUUUAGAUUUAGAACUGGAUCUUAGUAAUGUAUUUUUUGUAACGACUGCUAAUACACUACAUACCAUUCAUAACCCAUUACAGGAUCGGUUAGAGAUUAUUGAAAUUGGUAGUUAUACCGAUGAUGAGAAAGUUGAAAUAGCCUUAAAACAUCUUAUUCCAAAACAACUUGAACGCAAUGGUUUAGAUAAAAUACAAGUUCAAUUUCAACGUCAGGCAGUACUAAAACUAAUUCACCGUUAUACGAGAGAAGCUGGUGUACGUAGACUCGAACAGAGGAUUGGGGCAAUUGCUCGUAAAAUUGCCGUGAAACUUGCGAAAGGUACCUUAAAAUCUGGAGCCAUUGUUCGGGUUACACCCAAGGCUGUUUCUGGGUACCUCGGACCAGAAAAGUUUCCUGAACCCAAAAAAGAAAAACAAAACCGCAUCGGUGUAACACAAGGUCUUGCUUGGACUGAAGUUGGUGGCCAACAAUUAGUUACAGAAGUCUCAGUAUUACCUGGGAGUGGACAACUUGAGAUUACAGGUAAGCUUGGAGAUGUCAUGUGCGAAAGUGCGCGAGCUGCCAUGAGUUAUGUUCGUAGCCGAGCUGAACAACUAAACAUUGAUCCACUGUUUUACAAACAGGUUGAUAUCCAUAUCCAUGUCCCAGAAGGAGCAGUUCCAAAGGACGGACCCAGUGCUGGUAUUACGAUGGCAACAGCUCUAGUCUCGGCAUUAACUCAUCUUCCUGUACGUGGCAAUCUUGCUAUGACUGGAGAAAUUACAUUACGAGGGCGUAUUUUGCCGGUAGGAGGCUUAAAAGAAAAGAUAUUAGCAGCUUAUCGAGGAGGUAUUUACGAAAUCGUUAUUCCUAAAGAGACCGAAAGUGAAUUAACAGAUAUUCCUGAGUAUAUACAGGAAAUGUUGACUAUUCAUCUUGUUGAAGAUAUGGAUCAGGUCUUAAGGUUAGCAUUAGUCUCAGAGGGUAAUAAAGAUGUAUUUCGUUAUUUAGAAGAACGAGGAACGCAACACCCAUUACCGGGGAUCUUUGGACAUCAGCAAGUUCAAUCACCGUUACCUGCUUAA